AUGUAUCGACUUCUCUUGGUUCAGAUGCUACAGUGUUGUUUCCUGGUGGCCCAUUCCUGCCCUACUCUGUGUACUUGUGUCUACCAAGGAGGGAGCAAUGGGACACGUCUCAGGUAGCGUACAGUUCAGUUAAUUUACUGCCUUAAUUUCAGUUGCUUGCUUGGGUGUGCUCCUUCUCUCAUAUCAAUGAAUCUACAUUAAUUUACCUAACAUCUUGGAUCACUGGUGUUGUUCUUUAAAACAUAUACUUUAUAGACCAUUGCCUGUCGGAGUACAUUUUGAUCAACUAUGCAUCAAUAUUUAAGUCCUCUGGAAUGGUUGGACAACAUUUAGAAAUAUGUUUGGUCAGAGGUUGAGUAAAAUGUUAUUGUAAAAAAUAAAGGCAAAAGGAGGUGGUAGACAUGUAAUUUGCCAUGCUUUUUUGUUUAUACAACAAACACAGUUAACUCUUAAAUUCAUUGAGUUGCUAAAUAGGACUGAUAGCUCUGAUAGCUAGCUAUUCUUCUCAGUGCAUUCUUCACAUACAUGAUUCAUAUAUGACGCUGUUUGCACUGACAGGUCUGUUUUGUGCAGCGAACCCCACAUGUCAGCCAUCCCCCUCAAUGCUCCAGCUGACACAGUCAAGUUGCGUCUGGAGAAGACCUCUAUCUCCAGAGUGCCCCGGGCAGCCUUCUUCUACAUGUCUGAGCUCCAGUUCCUGUGGCUGACCUACAACUCCAUCACCACCAUCCACCCCAGCAGCUUCCUUAAUUUGAAGGUAGAAGUGGGCAUACUCCUACCUGUAUUUUUUAUCCUCUUUAUUUAAACUAGCAGUAUCUGCAACACUAGUCUUAGAAUUACUUGGUUUUGUAUGAAAACUACAUUUGACAGUAUCUAUCACUUACCUCUCCCUGAAGGCGCUACGUGAGCUGCGAUUGGACGGGAACCUUCUCUCUGCUUUCCCCUGGGAGGGGCUUAGGGACAUGCCGCGGCUACGCACCCUGGGACUGCACAAUAACCGCCUCUCCAGCCUCCCUGCCCACGCUGCCCUCUUUCUUCCCAACGUCACCUAUCUGGACCUGUCGAGCAACAGACUGACCACUCUGCCCUCAGAGCUGUUGGACCUUUGGUUCCCUCCCCCUGCCCAGCUGGCAGGCCCCACAAAGAGAAGAGUGCUGGGUAUGGUUCACUAAUAGUAAUCUUAGUGUUCUAUGCAAAAAAAGGUCCCUUGUCAAAAGACAGCAUCUGAAAUUGAGAAAUGCUCAUAUCCCAAAUAUUCACGUAAAAAACGUGCACCCCAUUUCACUCCUUUUCAAAACUAAGCCUAAUGAUCCGGCUCUUCUCUGUGUCUCCAGGUCUCCAUGACAACGUGUGGCAGUGCAACUGCCAGAUCUCCAUGCUGCUGGCCCAGUCCAAGUACCAGGGGAGCCCUGUGGUUCUGAUGGACCAGCUCCUGACCUGUAGCCGUAGCAGGGGGUCUGCCGACCAGCUGGGGGCCCCCCUCAUAGAGGCUGACUUGUCGCGGUGCCAGAGGCCAUCUGUCCAGCCCUCAGCCACCCGAGUCACCUCCCCGCUGGGCAGCAACGUGAUGCUCCGCUGUGAUGCCACAGGCUACCCCACGCCGGUACUCACCUGGACCAAAGCAGCCGGAGCCUCCAUAUACAACACAGGUAAACAUUUAUGAACAUUCUGUGACGUUGCACCCAAUUAAACUCAACCCUACUCUUUAAUUUUAACAUGGAAAAUUGCUGUUGUUUUCAAAUGUCUGAUUAUCUUUGAUCUUGACAGAGUGCUGUCAACAACCAUACAGCAAAGCUGACCCUGAAAAACUACCCAUUAACUUGGACAGCUGUAAGUACUUCAUGUUACCUCGGCUAGCUUGUGCGUUUUGAACCUCUUGUUGCCGCAUGUCUUGUCAAUGGACUUGAGUCCCCUAUUUUUGUGUUACAUUCCAGUUAUUCAGGAAUCUCCGCGUGUGGGAAUCCGAUGGUCCAUCAUCAACCUAAAUGGACUUUCGUACAAGGAUGCAGGAGAAUAUCGGUGCCAGGCACGGAACAUGGCGGGAACAGCAGAGGCCCCCAUUAGACUUAGGGUGGUGGGGGUGAUUGCUGUGCCCCCUUCCAUAAAGAACAAGACCCGCAAAGCUCCUUCUAGAUCCUCAUCCAACAACAGAAAACCUCUCCCGCAAAAGCUGAAACGGGAACAGAAUAUUACUUCAAUCUCCACCCCAAAGAAGAAGACUCUUCUGAACCUCAAGUAUGUUACACCCCGCACUCCAACGAACAAGAUCCCAGAGUGUCAAAAUGGCCCUGGUCCCCACCCCCCUGAAAGAAAU